AUGGGAAAAAUAAGUGAUAGAAUAGAGAAAAAGAAGAAAAUGGCAGAAAUAGUGACGGAGAGAAAAAAAUCGAUUACUCUGAAGAGGAGUCGAUCUGUUAGGGCUUCUAUUAGGAGUAUAGGGACUAAACUGCUAAGUGGUAAAAAUAGUGAUAAUUUUAUGAACAAAACGCCCUCGUUAUCUAGUCUUCACGAAGCGCAAUCAGCCUACUACAAACAGGAUCAUUAUUACUUAAAAGAAAAUGUAGAAACAAUUUUGAAAACCCCAAUGCCUGAUGAACAAAAACAACAAAAACCCUUUAUUAAAAUAGAGAAAAUUAAAAGGAAAGAAAAGGAUGUGCGUAUCACCACACCACCCAGCAAUAUUGCCCCAAAAGCUGCCCAACUUUUGGAAAUCCCCUUUAAAAAACAAACAGUCCAACUGAGAAACCAAGAGGGCAAUGAGGACGUUUUUACAAAUCAAGUUACCUUAGAUUAUAGGCAAAAUAGAUUCCAAAGAAGUACCCUAAGACUUUCAAUAAUAAAUAAAAGAAAACAGUCAAGGAAUUCAUCGUUUUCCCCCACAUCUGAACUUCCCACCCUCCCGGGAGAUUUUGACAUGGAGGUGGCCAGUAUACCCCUUAACAGGGGAUUACCCCCGGCGGGUCAUAAGCCUUCGAAAAAAGAGGCCAAAUUAAUGCAGCAGCGAUUGGAAAGAAUUGCUAGGGUCAAUAUACAUUUACAUGCCCUUUUCGCAGCGGUGGAGCACGGUCACCUGGAAAAGGCUCGCACCAUCCUGGAAAGCACCGAUGUCGACGUGAACAGUAUAAACAAUGACGGCCUUACGCCAUUGGACGUAGCGGUGCUAAGCAACAAUAGGCCUUUGGUUAAGAUGCUAAUCACAUUUGGUGCCAUGGAGGGAAAUAAAUUUUCAAGCACGGAAAAAAUAGGCAACCACCUGAAACACUUGCUAGGGGAAGCCCAAAUGAGGUUACAGGAAUUGGGGGGUCUCCCAGAAGAACCACUGGGUGCCCCUUUAAAUACCAGAGCGUCAUUUUCUAGUAUUAUAGGAAACUACCCAUCAUCCGCCAUGACAGGUUGUGCAGGAGGUGAUACAGAAAAGCAAGCCCUCGCUUGGGAGAGGCGCUCCAAAACUCUAAAACGGUUGGUGCUCGGCUUCGCGCAAGCCAGGCCGCCGGAUCCGCCAGGUUUGGUGUCUAUUGACGUUACGUCGCACGCCAGUGUGACUGUACGAUUACAGGAACCAAUUCAAAGCGACUCAGCUAUAGCUACCAAGUUUAAAGUCCAAUGGUCGACGAGAGCCGACUUCUCCGUAAUGACAGGCGAAACGGAGAUACUCGACAUGUCCAAUCCCUGCUGCAACAUAGAUCUCACCCACGGCAGGCGCUAUUUUUUCAGGGCGUCGAGCGGUAACCUCAAAGGUUACGGCGCGUAUUUGUCGUCGACGCCGUCGUCUGUGAUACCGUCCAGCUGGAGGGAGAUAGACGGGAAGGAUUCGAGAUUCAGCAGCAGAUUGAAGCAGCUGGAGCAGCUGAUGGACGAGGUGAAGCAGGCGAGACCCGGUAGCGAGAUUCUGGAGACUCCUGGACCGACUAGAAGAGCCCAAAGAAAGAAGACCACGAUAAAGCAACUGUUUACAGCCGCCAGCAAAUUUCAGAAGAACCUAAGAAGGGGUAUAUAUUUGGCGUGCAUUCUCUACCACGAAGACAAGGUUUUGGUGACGAACGAAGACUUCCUACCAGUGAUAGAAAUAGAUGAGACGUAUCCUAGUUGCAUCCACUCUGAUCUUCACUGGUUGAUGAAGGUGGCCUGUACUUGGGACGACACUAAAUCUCUACGAUCUCACAUGGAGAAAAACUCAUCAUCCGCCAUACAUUUUAGAACGAAACUUCUAUCAGCCGUCCUCCAAAUGCAAUCGUCACUAUGUCUGCAAGACUUGGGGCAACUGUACUACAAACCCUUAAGGGACUCACAGGGAACCGUGGUACUCAGUACCAUAAACUAUGUUAAAUCACCCAAGAGCGUAUCGGUGUUGAACUCCAGGUGGUUACCGAAGAACAAGGUCUUCAAGAAGAUGGUACUGAGCGACGAUAACAAUAUAAACGAGAUACUCAUGGCUUCCAUACAAGAACAGAUUACUUACCAUCAAGUGUCAAGUUUGAAGCUAACCAAAGGACUGUACUUGAGUUACUUGAAGAUGCAGAGCUCAGUGGAUCUCAUCCAAGUCGUUGUAUCUGCGAAAUCACCCAAUAUGUUACCACACUGCAAGAUUAGGGAAAACCCCCAUGUGUCUGCUGAGGAAUGGGAGUACUUGAAACAACAACACCUGCCCGACGUAGUGGAUAACGCCACAGAACUACAACGAAAUUUCCUGGAGCACGUGAUGCUGGCUUCGAAGCGCCUUUUUAACUACAUGGACAUAAACAACGAAGAAGCCAACAAUCAUAGGUUGUACGACACCGAGGUCAUAGAUCUAACGGAGGAUGUUAGUUUCAUAGUCGUUUGUCCGUCGGCGGAGUUUUCUUGUUCCGUUCCUGGUCAAAGAGAGAUACUUUUGCAGAGAGGCGACUUACUGAGUCUGCCCAUACAGGUAUUCGAGAUGAUUCAUUUAAACACGUACCAAAAUAGUAUUAUACGGAAGUACAGUAAGUUGAGCUGUAUAUUGGAGUUGGAUCAUGCCACAGCAAGCCACAUGCACAGAGAAGCAUUCUCCAACAGCGAGUUAGCCGCAGCUAAAGAGCGCUUGCACAAACUGCAAGAUCUGCAAGGGAAACUGAACAACAUCUGGAAGAGCGUCAGGUGGUUGAUGGACGCCAUAACUUUCGCUAGAGAUCGUAUUUCCUGUGGGUUACAAAUGCGAUUCAUACUGGAAAAAGAAGUCGGCGUUUGCACGAGUCCAAAACGUAGCCUACUGCAAAUACCGCCAAGAGACUCGAAGGUGGUUAAAUCUACAGGUCGCGGGUCGUGGCCGGGACCUGGAAACUCCAGCAACCAAUCGUCAAGCCUGAUAAACUCCGAGUUUAGCAAAAGCGAGCAGCAUUUGAGUACCAACGAGGCUUCCUCGCAGUACCUGAGUGCUUGUAGUGAUUCCGACUCCCGAAAAAAUAGUGACAGCUACAAUAGCGACUACUUCACCUCACACUUGGUGCCGAGUCGUAGCGAAGAUAUGCUUUUUGCCAUACCAACGUCAUCAAGCAACAAUAGGAUUCGAUGCAACACGGUUAACUCUACAUCGGCUACCUCGUCUCCUUUGCUAAGCGUUAGACCAAUACAUGGGGGAAGCUUAGUUAGUGUUAACACUAUGAAUACCACGAACACAUCCGAUAGCUUACAUAGCUUGUCCAGCGAUUCGGAUUCCAAUCAUCUGCCGAUGGGUACUUCAACUCCGAACAAAAAAAAUCGCGUUAAGAUGGCUUCGUCGCGUAGCAUGACGAAUGUUAAAGGAAAUGUUCUCGAUGUAAGCUCUAAAUCCGAUACAACCCAACGUCCCAAACACCUAGAUGUCGAAGCAGCCCUGCCAUCGAACUUGGAGUACAGUCUGUCAAAAAGUCUCACCAACAUCAAAAGCAAUACAGAGGUGGAUACGUACUUGAAACCCCUUCAGGAAGUCAAGCAAGAAUCGAACUCUACAGACGGUAUGUUUAAAGUGCCGUACGCGGAACAAGGCACUUCCAAGGAACUUCAGAGCGGCAUCCUGCAAGUUUUCGCUGCAUACGAGACCGGUUUAGCCAGUGGUACUAGUCUGAAGCUGCAUGUGACGCCGCGCACCACAGCCAGGGAAGUUGUCGAUCUCGUGGUAAAGCAACUCAACAUGGCGGUGGUUUUGAAACAGAAAGACGGCCCCAUUUACCCAGCGGACAAGCUGAAGAAUUUUUGUUUGGUCGCCGUUAUAGGUGCGAGAGAGAGGUGCUUGAGGGACGAUUUUAAACCGCUUCAGCUGCAGAACCCUUGGAAGAAGGGGAGGCUGUACGUUAGGCAAAAACAGGACGUAUUGGCGGCUUUGGAACACAGCAGCAAACACAGUGCUGUAUUGUAA